AUGGGUCUAUGCCACCUUGCAACACUUCUCCCGGCUGUGCUCGCUCUUCGCCAAGCGGAAGAAGGUGGCCGUGGAACUCUCUGCUGUGUCUCCUCAUACCCGGAUCUGGGUGUUCAGAGCUCUGAGUUCCAAAAAGAGGCAGAGAAAGUCCUCGAAGAUGUGGCCUACACUGGAGCUUACUAUGCAGGACCGAAAAGGUAUCACUCCGCACGCUUCAGGAGGCACUGCAAGGAUGCCCUACAUCUCAAAAACUGCCCCAGCAUGGAUGUGACAUUCAUGAAGAUCUAUGAGCAUGUCCCCUUGUCCGACAUCGAGAGCAGGAUUGAUAGUUUCCUGACUACCUGGCAUUUCCAUUCCGAGUCAUACUGGGCCUUUGCUGGGGAGUGUCCCGGGCACCUGCAGCGCCAGAAAGAAGAUCCAUCCCGCUGCUCUGAGGACCUAGGGCACUUCAUGCGCAUGCUGGAGCUGUGGAAAGAUGGCCUGAAGUAUGCAGAUGAGGUCAAGAAAAACUCUGGCUUUCGAGGCUGGUUGAAGGACAAAAAGAGCAAAGCCCUGGCAGAGAAGAAGCUGGAGAACAUCAUGGCUGAGCUUGAUGCUCUUUGGUAG